AUGUCGAAAGAUGAAUCAAUCAAUGGAAUCAUCAACAAUGUAGACUUCUCCGUCGUCGUAGAAAGCGGCAUCGCCAAUGAUGUCAAUAACAAGCCACGGCAGCCGAUGGUGAAUGAAGGGAAAAAGAAGAAGCGUGGCGCUUUCAGCCUCCUCAAAUCAGCAAUUUUCAUGCUUCGCAAAAGCCAGAACAAGAGACCUGCUAAAUCGGAUAAAUCAAAAGUGGAUUCUUCAAACGGAAAUUGGCAGAAGAUUGUAGGAUCAAUCCGACCUUUGCAUCUUCAAGAUGACAAUUCACCACCACCUUCAAAUCCAUCCCUUUCCACCUCGACAAGCGUGGAGAACUUUAACGACCUACUCCGGCCGGCCUCCCCAUACUCCUCCGUGGCCUCCUCAUCCGCCUCCCCCAUCACCGGUGGUGCUAUGAGCCAAUACGCUUCAGCAAACAACCUUCAAGAACUCGAUGAAGAAGACGGCUAUGAUUCUGACAAAGUUUUUGACUCCCUUGCUGGAGACGAGAUGAUAGAUGCCAAGGCGGAGGAAUUUAUUAACCGAUUCUACCAGCAAAUGCGGCGUCAAAAUUUGGAAAACUGA